GUUGGACAAAAGCGAUCGGCGACGCAAAAUGGUGUUCCAGGAUGUGGUGCUCGUCGACGGCCGGACACACAUGCUGGGGCGCCUCGCGUCCGUUAUGGCCAAGGAGCUCCUGAGUGGCCAAAAGAUUGUUGUCGUCCGCUGCGAACAGGUUGUUGUCUCAGGCUCUUUGGUCCGUAAUAAGGUAAAAUUUACGCAGUUCCUCAAGAAGCGGACUAAUACGAAUCCCAAAAAGGGUCCUAUCCACUACCGCUCUCCUGCGCGCAUGGUCUGGCGGACGAUCCGCGGCAUGCUGCCGCACAAGACGGCACGUGGUCAAGCCGCACUCGCGCGCCUCCAGUGCUUUGAGGGCAUACCACCGCCCUACGACACAAUGAAGAAACUAGUCGUCCCUGAAGCUCUCAAGGUGGUUCGGCUCAAGCCGGGACGCCGGUGCACUGGCCUCGCACGGCUCGCAACGGAAUUUGGCUGGGCGCACGAAGACCUGAUCAAGCUAAUGGAAUCGAAACGCAUCUCCAAAUCUGCCGAAUUCUACGCAGCCAAGAAACUUGCACACGUCGAGAAAGCCAAGGCAGCUGCCGUGGCCAAUACAGCUGCCACUGAUGCAGCUCUCUCAAAACUUGGUUACUUCGCCUAAUCAAAACCUGGUUACCUACCCUUGGGGCUAUGUAGUACAUUCUAACUAACUAGUGGAGAAUAGAGGCAGGUUUUAUCCCGUCCGUUGGAGCGAUUUGGUUUUGGGGCGGACUGGGAAUUAUUACUCACAGACCGGCGUUAUUAAGAAAAAGAAUGGAGAAGAGUAGGGCUCAAUUUACCUCUAGAUACCCGCAGCUGGCCGGGCCCGAUGUUGUUUAAUUGAUUAAUUAAU